AUGGCGCUUAAGUUGUAUGGAUCACCCAUGUCCACAUGCACCUCUCGUGUCCUGACCUGUCUCCAUGAGAAGGGCUUAGAUUUUGAGUUUGUCCCAGUUGAUCUUUUCGCUGGCGAACACAAGCAGCCUCCUUUCCUAGCCAAAAAUCCCUUUGGUCAGAUUCCAGCACUUGAAGAUGAUGAUCUUACUAUAUUUGAAUCUCGAGCAAUCACAUCAUACGUUGCUGAAAAGUUCAAGGAAACUGGCUACGAUCUUAUACGGCACCAAAACCUGAAAGAAGCUGCAUUGGUGAAGGUUUGGACAGAGGUAGAAUCCCAACGAUUUCACCCUGCGAUAGCUCCAAUUGUCUUUCAAUUCUUCGUGGCUCCACUUCAAGGCAUUUUACCUGAUCAAACAGUCAUCGACACCAGCUUAGAGAAGCUAGGAAAAGUGCUCGACAUAUAUGAAGCCAAGCUGACCAGCACCAAGUACCUUGCUGGAGAUUUCUACAGCUUGGCUGACCUCCACCAUUUACCAUACACGUAUUAUCUGAUGAAGACUCCUGCAGCUUCGGUGGUAAAUGAGCGUCCGCAUGUUAAGGCAUGGUGGGAGGAUAUUUCUUCUAGGCCAGCUUUUAAGAAAGUGGCUGAGGGUAUGAAUUUUGGUGAGAAAUGA